AUGGCUGGUUAUCCGAGUAGCAUCCACUGCCUCCUGCUCCUGUUCCUGCACGUGGCCAGCGGCCAGUUCCUUCACGGUCCCGCACCGCCACGACCACAGCGGUCGCUCUUCGGUCCGCCGCCCCAUGCCAUCGGUCCGAUCCACGGACCCUGGAGCGGUCCCAGCUUCGGCUUCGGUCACCUGCCGCCCUCCUCCAGUCCGCACGUGACCAAGGACGAGCUACUGGCUCUGCUCUCCGCCUGGAAGGAUGUGGAAAGGCCCACAACGCCGGCUCCCGAGCCGGAGGAAGAACCAGAGCCAGAGACUACACCGGCUCCGCCACCACCACCACCACCGCCAGAGGAGGACGAGGAUGAGCCCGAGCCAGAGGCACCAGCUGCUCCGGCACCACCACUUGGCCCGCCGCCCGGUGUCCCGGUCACCGUUUCUCUGCCCGCUCUCGUGCCCAUCCAGCUGGCGGCCAUGUGGCAGCAGCCGGGUCCCGGCGCAGCGCCCGGAGGACUCGGUAACUUGGGCCUGGCCGGCUUGGGCAUCGGCGGAGGCAUUGCUCUGAACAAUCUGGGCGGAGGCGGAGUAGCAGCUGCCGGAGCCGCAGCCGCAGCAGGUGGUGGAGGAGCAGCGGCAGCCGGAGCAGCAGCUGCCACUGCCCGUUCCGGUCGUUCGCGGGCCAGGGCAAGGAUCGGAGGACGCGCCCCGUCCGCCAUCCGUUUUCCGGUGGCCAAUCCUCGCAGCUUUGCAUCGGGCAACUAUGUGGCUCCCAGACCUCGCUACUACCGCGACACGGACUCCAUGCGCCUGGAUGUGAUGUCGGCUCCUCCCCAGUAUCCGAUGGCCAAUCUUCCGGGUCCCGUGCAGCUGGUGAACGCCUACUGGCAGUGAGAGUCCCUGUGGGUCGAAGUCCUUCAUUUAUCCUCCAAGUCGUUAAUAC